AAUUGUGAGUGAUGAAUUAAUUAUUAUUAAAUUAUUCAUAAAUUAUUCGUGGAAAUUGAUAACUGAAUAAACUCGCGUAUUUAUAUCAUAUAAACGGGGUUUUCCUCCUUUUCCCAUAAUACUACGCACGGAAACUGAUUAGAUAAAGCAGAGCGAAACUUUUAUUUCUUCUUUCCUGUUGGAACGUUUCAGUAUCAAAAGAAAAUUUAUAUUCGUAUUAUGAACCAAUUUAUAAACGAAUUACGAUCGUUCAAUAACGAUGAACUAAUUAAUUUUUUAAAAAAGAAUGGGUUUGAUGAGUUUUGUGAUAUCAUAGCAGCAAAGGUGUACGAUGGAAAUAAGUUAUUGAAUUUAACCGAGUUUGAAAUGCAAUUAUGGAUUCCAAGGAAAACAGCCCAACAAAGGAAAAACUUCUUAAACUUUUUAACCGAUUUAAAACUACACCCAGACAAGUAUUUCGAGCAAGAAAAUGAUGAGAUUUACGAAAACCAUGCUGAAGAACGUCACAAUAAAGCGGAAAUUUUUAAGAAAAACGUUGAAAAAUUAAUUGAGGAUGAUGCAAUUAUUAAUAAAUUUAAAACCGCCUUAAAACAAAAAGAAAAAGAUAUCGUUAGUAGCGAUAGUUUUGAUUCAGAGGAUGAUGACCAAAUUUAUAGAAACGAACCAUCACCGAAAAUGCCUCCUAAACCAAGUAUUAUGCCUAAGCCGAAAUUACCAAAAGAAGCAUUGAUUAAAUCACCAUUUAAAAUAAAAAAAUCAUCAAUACCAAUGAAUGUUUUUAACGAACUCGAGAAAUGCUUGCAGAAAGAUAGGAAAAGUGUUGAAAUUGUUGGAAAAAAAGAUGAUAACACUCAAUUGAACGUCCCAACUACAACGAAAUCUUUAAAGCCUUUACCAAUAUUACCAAUAAAUGAUGUUGAAGAAAUAAAGAUGGUUAAUAAAGAAGAUGAAGAUGAAGAACUUCCUGAAUAUUUGGAUAUCGAUGAGGAAAAAGCGAGAGAAGAUGAGGAUAAAGACGUAGUUAAAGAAAUGGAUGUUUCAAUGACACAAAUUAAACAAAGACCUCUUCCGCCGCUUCCUCCACCAUCUCCAACCAAAAAAAUCCAAAAAGUACCUUUACCACCAGUACCAAACAACCAAAAUACUUUACCUCGACCACCAAAAAUGCUCGUUGAUUUCGGUUCUAUUAACAAAAUACCGAUAGAUGAUGUAGAAGACUUUAAUUUUGAACAAAGUUUCGUUUCAAAAUAUUCUAAAGCUGAGUUUUAUCGUUAUACUGACCGAAAAGGCUCUGAACGUCUCCUUCAGCAACCCAAUAUCAAAAACGGCACUUUUUUGGUUCGACCAAGUGACAAUCAUUAUUGUACAAUCUCCGUUAAGUACAACGAAAGGAUUUAUCAAUUGGCUCUUCAUAAAGGAAAAGGUACAAAAGUUAUUCAAGCGGAUGUGGAAUAUAACAGCUUAGAGGAUUAUUUGGAUUAUUAUAAAAAAGAAGCUUUAUGUUUACCGCAUAAAACUGAGGGAUUUGUAAAUGUUUAUUUAACGGGUGCUUUACCACAACAAUUUACGUAAAAAAUAAUUAAUAACAAAUAAUCUUAAUAAAUAGAGUAAAUAAAUAUAAACAGAUUUAUAUUAAAUAAAUGACAGCAAUUUAAAAAUAUCAUACUUCGUAAACUAAUUAAGAUAUGGUGAUGAAAUAAACGACAUUAUAAAGCAAA